AUGAAGCCUCCUGUCUUCUAUGGCACUGAGGCUGAGGAUGCGUAUGAGUUCAUCAUGGACCGUCAAAAGAGGCUCCAUCAGAUUGGGGCGGUGGAGAAGUAUGGUGUUAAGUUUGUCUUCUUAGAGAAAUAUGUUCCUCGUACCUUGAGGGACAGGAGGUAUGAUGAGUUUAGUAAUAAUAAACAGGGUAAUUUGACAGUCGCUGCUUAUGAGGCCAAGUUCCAUUCUCUGUCUCAUUAUGCUUUCCAGCUAUUACCUACUAAGGAGAGAGUUCGUGAUUUGCGAAGCAAAGAAGAUUAUAAAAAACACUUGAGGGUUGUUCUUGGGUUUCUAAGAGACAAGGAGUUAUAUGCCAAGUUCUCUAAGUGUGAGUUUUGGCUAGAGUCUGUAUCAUUCUUGGGCCAUGUAGUGCUGAAAGAAGGGAUUAUGGUUGAUCCUAAGAAGAUUGAGCCA